ACUGCCUGUAAAAGCAGAGAUUACCUCAGAGGUUUCUGUCACCCAGUUAUUCAUCCACCAACGCCAUGAAGGGACGAGUUGUUUUUCUGGGACUCCUGCUCAUCUGUGUGGCUGCAGAUGCCGGUGAGGACUCUGAUCUCCUGAGAAAGCCCUCCUGUCCUGACAUGGAGGAGAUUGUGGCGUGCCCUCUGAACCUCGCUCCAGUGUGUGGCAGCGAUGGUAACACAUACGCCAACGAGUGUACCCUGUGUGCCCACAGGCAAAUGACCAAGAUGGACGUUUUAGUCGCCAAAGAGGAGAGCUGCUGACUGACCUCCUGGGGAUGAUGUAACUGCUAAUCCGACCAAUCAGAUGAAGCACUCAGCAUGAGUCUUUGAAAUGUCAAAACUACCCUCGGUUCUUUUGUCAUUGUAACUGAUAAUAAACUUAAAUCUGUGAAAUAA